ACUGAUGAAAACGACGGCGACAUUGUGGAGGGCAGGCUACGGAGCCAAGAGAUUUGCUUCUUCUUCCGAGUCACAUAAGUCACUUACCAAUGGUUCAUUGCGAAAGCUCUUAUCCUCUUCUGACUCACACGAUUCCUUCACUGAUGAUCACAAGGGUCUCUCCCGUGUUCUUGAAGCUUGUAGAAUUUCUAUGGAUUUUAGAACUGCGGCUAAAGCCCACACGAGAGUUAUCGUACUUGGAUAUGGAAUCUACCCAUCUCUUGCGUCAUCUCUAAUUUCGACGUAUGCGCACCUUCGUCACUAUCAUAUUGCCCAGCAAGUUGUAGAUUGGGUUUUACGUUCGGGUCCUGAUCUGUUCACUAUGAAUUUAAUGAUUGAAAGCGUUGUGAAAACUGGGGAGUGCGAUAUUGCCAAGAAGGUGUUCAACAAAAUGCCUGCUCGAAAUGUGGUAUCAUGGAACUCUAUGAUUGGAGGCUAUGUGAAAAACUCACGCUUUAAUGAUGCCAUAAGGCUUUUCAAGGAGAUGCUAAGCUCAGAGGUUGAACCUGAUGGGUUCACAUUUGCUUCCACGAUCACCGGAUGUGCACGCCUAGGUGCUCUCAGUUAUGCGGAAUGGGUGCAUAAUUUGAUGAUCGAGAAAAGAAUAGAACUAAACUAUAUAUUGAGUUCGGCAUUGAUUGACAUGUAUGCAAACUGUGGCAGAAUCAAUGCGGCUAUAGAACUUUUUGAAAGCGCCAGGCGUGACGACGUUUCUGUUUGGAACGCAAUGAUUAAUGGGUUGGCAUCUCAUGGACUUGCUUUGGAUGCAUUUAAAGUAUUUUCAAGGAUGAAGACGGAAAACAUUUUCCCUGAUUCAAUUACCUUCAUUGGAAUUCUUACAGCUUGUAGCCAUUGUGGUUUGGUUGAAGAGGGUCGCAGAUACUUCAAUUUAAUGCAGACUUGUUUCUCAAUUCGGCCACAAUUGGAGCAUUAUGGAGCCAUGGUUGAUCUCUUGGGGCGAUCCGGUCUCUUAGACGAGGCUCAUGCUAUUAUUAAGGAGAUGCCAAUGAAGCCGGAUGUUGUAAUUUGGAGGGCCCUUCUUAGUGCUUGUAGAACACAUAGAAAGAAAGAACUAGGCGAAAUUGCCAUUUCUAAUAUAACCCGCAUAGAGAGUGGAGAUUAUGUUUUGCUGUCAAAUAUGUAUUGCUCUUUAAACAAGUGGGAUGGUUCUGAGAGAGUGAGACACAUGAUGAGAAUGGGAGGAGUUCGGAAAAUCCGAGGUAAGAGUUGGAUUGAGUUAGGAGGUACCGUUCAUCAAUUCAAGGCUGCUGAUAAGUCACAUGCUGAGAUAAAAGCAAUUUACAGGGUGCUGGAAGGUUUAAUCCAAAGGGCUAAGUUGGAAGGUUUCACGCCAUUGACUGAACUGGUUUUGAUGGAUGUUUCUGAAGAGGAAAAGGAGGAAAAUUUAAGUUUUCACAGUGAGAAAUUGGCAUUGGCCUAUGGGAUCCUGAAAAGUAGUCCAGGAACAGAGAUUAGGAUUUGGAAAAACCUUCGGAUCUGUCAAGACUGUCAUAGUUUGAUGAAGAUUGUGUCAAGGGUGUUGAGCAGAGUAAUAAUUAUGAGAGAUCGAAUCCGUUUUCACCACUUUGAAGAUGGUUUGUGCUCUUGUGGAGACUAUUGGUAGCUAAAGAAAUAUGAUUUCACAGAACUGCCUACAAAGUUACGUAAUGGUGUUCGGCGAAUGAAUGCAAAAUCCCCGGGCAUUUGAUGAACGAGAAAUUGUCAGAACUUAUACCCAAGCUGCAGAAUCUUAUUUAUAUGACAAUGAUGAAGCAGUGAGGCCUGGUUAGUGUGAUUUUCCAUGCUAUGAGGCUGCCUCCAGAGCAUCCAUCCACUAGCUCGUGGUUAUUCCUGCCGUACGUUCACAGCCCAAGUGGGAGACGGCGACAACGAAGACGCAUCAAAUUGAGUGUUAAAGACAAGUAAUUCAUUGACUAUUAAAUUUGGUCACGUGGGUGGUGAACUGAAAUCCAUUAAAUAGCAACUACUAUUCAAUUGUGCAAAAGUGUACGAAAGAACUUAAAAUGUUAAUCAUGCAACUGGGCUGUUAUAAUGAACAGAGGAAGAGUGCACCACGUUGGAAGACAAUCCCAAGAUUAUCACUGGCUUCAAUUGAAGCUAGCGUUUGUCGCAUUGCCAAUAACUCCUGGAAGUUAGGGCACAAUUCAUCAGUUUCCGUAUGCGGCUGCCGAGUAGAGUGGAAGAUGGAGGAGGUGAUUCAUUGAAGACGAAGGACUAGUUCAUUCGAGAUUUCCUUUGUUACAAGUUUGGAUUGCAUUCAUCUUUAAUAAAGGUGGACGUAUCAUCCCAUCUCCUUGUACUUUUCAAUUUCUACGUAGAAAAGGUUUUUGAUACUGAUCAAUACGGUUUUAUUAUUACAAUGUGAAGGAUGAUAGGCAGUAGCAAAUUGAAUAUAUAGAUAUAUAACUUGAUUAUCAUGUGGAAUUACAAUUCUAUAUAGCAUUUGAUACAGCAUUGGGAGCUAUCUAAUGCAAAAGAAGAUAAUACAAAUCAUAAAAUCAAGCAUAUGGUAGUAAAUAAAUUAGCUAUCCU